CCAACAACUACCACCCCAGUAAAAGCAGCAAGACCAGUCUAACUACAUAUUUUGCAUGGUUACAUUCACAUUAGAUCUUAUUCAUGAAACACGAGCAGAACAACUUUCUGUCUAAAUUGUUUAUAAAUCUAGUCUAACUUGAAUUGUUGGCAUAAUAUUAAAGGUGCAAUAUGUAAAAUUGUGCCUUUUUCUUUUUUUUUUCAAUGUGUGAACGGCUUGUAACACAACUUCAAAAAUGAGCCCUUCCCGGACUCCCUAGGUUGCCUAUUAAAGCCUGUAGACUGAUUUUCAUGCGAAGGGAGCGGGUCGCUUUUGCCGGGAAAAUCCAAAGGAUGUGACGUUUAUUUGCGCUCCUGAGAGCCUUGCCUCAGACGGUAAUAGCUUCUUUCUGCUAUUCAACAGUGACAACAAACUGCAACACUAGGUAAUGUUAUCUUAGAGAUGGAAUCCAGCAAACGGCCAGCUCCCAGCACAACACCGACUCCUACACAAACUCGGAGUAAGCAAAAAAAAAAAAAUCCCAUGAUGAAUCCCAUCUGGCUAAGCGGAAACGUGAUCAUGGUUGAACGAAAACUAGAGUGAACAUCGGCAGGGCAUUUGAUUCCUGGAGGGACAUUCGUUCGGGGAUCAAAACCAACCCUGAAUUGGCAUUCUUCUUAUUGGACAGCUAUUAUAAUAAUUCAAUGGUUGAGAGUAAUGGCUUCUCUUACAACCUUCCUCUGGCCUAUCUGUUGACGGCUACCUUCUACUUCAUCUUCUGCCUUGUUUAUAUGAUUGUAAGAAUGGGCAGCAUGGCUCGUGCUGUUGUAGCGACGGGGGGAGGAACGGUGGGGGGUUACAGCAUGCUGGUGUUUACAGCAUGGGAUCACGGUCUCCAAGGAGAUCGCGGCACUAAACUUAAACAGAACAACCUUCAUUACCGGUUACAGGUGGAUCUAGAGGAAGAAAGGCUUAAACAAAAGGCUGCCUCCCUAACUUUGGGUCAAACUGUCUCUCUCUACGGACUCCGUGUUUUCCUUAAUCUUGUGGUCUUAGGACUCAUUGGUGGAACUUUCUAUGGCAUUGCUGAGGCAACCCAGUUCAGCCAGAAUGAGCAAACCACAGGCUUUCGGGAGUUGCUGUUGCAAUACUUACCCUCCAUUGUCAUAACAACAAGCAAUUUUGUGGUGCCCCUCCUGUGCGACAAGAUUGCUUUGAUGGAAAAGCAUUCUCCCAGUACCACGGUCAUUCUGGCCUUGCUGAUGUUAGAUCAACACUCAUAUCCACACAGAAUAAAGAUUUCAGAGAUGAAGAGAACAAAUAGCAUUAAGAUGAAGAGCACAUGUUCUGCUGUUGUUUAUAAUUGUUUAGCCAUGUUUAGAACAUUGCUGAGAGCUCUUACUAUGCAGUUUCUUUGUGACCCUCAUUAAAUGGCAUCAAAAUGAAUUAUUUCAGAUGAAGCACAAUUAUUUUCUCAAAACAUUCACACAAUGUCUCUUUUAUUUGGUCUUUGUUAUUCUUUUGUACAGUAUUCUUUUGGAGACUCCUCUUCUGCUUGCUCGAUUUUACUCUUUCUCUCUUUCACACUCUAUUUCCCAUUGCAGAGCAGUAUUCCUGCGUUUGGUAAGUUUGGGUGUACUGCUUUACACUCUGUGGGAGCAGAUUACCUAUGGAGACAAAAUUCAUAAAAACUGUGUACCCUGCAAGUAUAAUCAUGACACAUAUAAGGUAAACAUUAACACAUGCACUUAUUCAGAGCACUCUCUUCACUGUCUUUGUUUCUCUGUGGUGAAUGGGCUUCUAAACUCCAUCUGAUCUGCUGAGACCAUCACAACCUUCAAGAUAAAUAAACCUUUUAAUAACACUUUUGAAUAAUUAUAAUACUUCCUAAAAGAAUAUUUUAUUUAAAAUGUAUUGUUCUCUCUUUUCUCUGAUUUUCUUGCUUAGUCUUGAAACUCUGUAUUGUGUAGCUAUGAAUAUUGUUGGCUCUUAUAUAAUAAAUUGCUUAUGAUGCCUCCUAAACGAUUAAAUGCUAAUGCAGCACAAUCAAAUGAAACUUUGGAUUGAUGAUAAAAAAAAACUAUUGAAUUGAUUUUCACAUGAUGAUGUAUAUGGCUUUCAUGCAUAAAUAGUCAAGAAAAUUAAAGGGAUUGUUCACCUAAAAAUGAUAUUAUCUCAUCAUUUACUCAUGCUCAUGCCAUCCCAAAUGUAUAUGACUUUAUUUCUUAUUCUGAACACAAACAAAGAUUUUUAGAAGAAUAUUUCUGCUCAGAACUUUAAAAAUCCAAAUAUCACAUAAAGGCAGCAUAAAAGUAAUCCAUAUGACU